GAUCUCCCACCUUUUAAAAUAUGACGUUUCGGCCAUUGUGUUCCGGUAGCUCGUUGAGUAAACGCACGCGGACGUAGAGACUCGACUUUUUAUGUUUUAUCACUCGCUUGAUAAGUAUUUUGCUGGUAAUUACUUAAGAAACGCUUGUUAAAAUGUCGAACAAUACCGCGCCAGAUAGUUGGGAAUCUCAGGCUGACAGUAACUCUACAAGUAACAGUCCAAGUCACACUGCAGAUGUGACAGCGAAAUUUUCCACGUUGAACGUUAAUGCUGUUGAAUUUGUGCCUUCUUUUUCAUUUGGAAACGCACGACCUGACGCCCAGUCACCAGCCAAGUCUGAAAGCACCGAAUCUUCACCUCAACACGAGCCAGUUCUUAACGGCGACAGUGGUGAACCUUUGCCAGAACAACCUGAAGUCAAAGAGCCCCCACUAAUACCUCCCGCAGAUGGUGAUGCAAGCCCUAGUGGUGGAGGCGAGGGCGGAACUUGGGAGGAUGCCGCAGAUGAAGACAGCGGAUCUGGUGGACCUGCUACAGCUACUACUCCUGAAGAUGAUGAUGAUGAACCAUCUUCUGAGGAGGCUCCCAUUAAGGUGACCAAGAAAAAGGUGGCUAAAAAAGAAGAGUUGGAAGAAAAAAAGGAACAUGUAAAUGUAGUCUUCAUUGGUCAUGUUGAUGCUGGUAAAAGCACAAUUGGAGGUCAAAUCAUGGCACUUACUGGUAUGGUAGACAAAAGGACACUAGAAAAAUAUGAAAGGGAAGCUAGAGAAAAGAGCCGAGAGAGCUGGUACCUCAGCUGGGCUCUUGACACUAACCAAGAAGAACGGGAUAAGGGUAAAACUGUAGAAGUGGGAAGAGCAUUUUUCGAGACUGAAAAGAAGCACUUUACAAUUCUGGAUGCUCCAGGUCACAAAAGCUUUGUGCCAAACAUGAUAGGAGGCGCUGCCCAGGCCGAUCUAGCAGUUUUAGUGAUUUCAGCUAGAAAAGGGGAAUUUGAGACUGGUUUUGAUAGAGGAGGACAGACCAGGGAGCAUGCCAUGUUGGCCAAAACGGCGGGUGUUAAAUAUUUGGUAGUAUUAGUUAACAAGAUGGACGAUCCAACUGUGAACUGGGACGAAGCUAGGUACAACGAAUGUAGAGACAAAAUCUUACCAUACCUUAAGAAACUAGGUUUCAAUUAUAACAAAGACCUAUUUUUCUUGCCGUGUUCUGGCCAAAUGGGCCAGAACCUAAAAGAGCCCGUCGACGAGAAAGUUAGCUCUUGGUACAAGGGACCGGCGUUUAUACCAUUCAUCGACAAUUUGCCUGCCCUAAAUAGAAAAGCGGACGGACCAUUCAUGAUGCCUAUUGUAGAUAAAUAUAAGGACAUGGGUACUGUUUUGAUGGGCAAAGUUGAGUCGGGAGAAUGUCGGAAAGGGCAAAGUCUCCUUAUCAUGCCUAAUAGGACCCCUGUAACUGUAGACCAGCUUUUAUCGGACGACGACGAAGUAAGUCGGGUCAUACCGGGUGAAAAUAUCAAGAUUAAAGUGAAAGGUGUAGAGGAGGAGGAUGUAAGUCCGGGCUUUGUUUUGUGUGAUGCCAUUAAUCCUGUUCACACGUGCCGCAUCUUCGACGCUCAAUUAGUAAUCUUGGAACAUAAGUCCAUUAUAUGCGCGGGUUACAGUGCGGUGAUGCAUAUUCACUGCGCCGCCGAGGAAAUUACCGUUAAGGCACUAAUCUGCCUUGUGGACAAGAAAACCGGAGAGAAAUCAAAGACUAGACCCAGGUUUGUCAAACAGGACCAAGUAGCCAUUAUGAGAAUAGAAUGCGCGGGAGUGAUUUGUCUCGAACCCUUCAAAUUGUUCCCGCAGAUGGGUAGAUUUACCCUUAGAGAUGAAAAUAAAACAAUUGCAAUUGGAAAAGUCCUCAAACUUGUGGAAUAAAAUGGGACGGACGUUUUCAUGCUAAUAGGAACUCUAGGCCGUAAAUUUUUUAAACCCGAACGUACAGAAAAAUCAUUGGAAAACAAAACAAAAUUA